AUGAGCGGAAACAAGUCAUCAUCUACUCGAAAUGCUCGACCAAUGCGUGAAAUUCCUAAAGAGCUAGAUUUGAAUAAUAUUUACAACCCAAAAUACCAUAUCACUGAGCUUAUUUCAACAAAGAAACGAAGUCUCGAAAGUACACAUGUACCAAGACCUCCUAAUGGGUUCUUCCUCAUGAAGAACUGUUAUAUGUUAGAAUUGAGGAAACUUGGGUAUAGGUUUACCAUGCCAGAGAUUUGCCGCCAUUCUAAGAAAAUUUGGGCGACACUUCCACAACAUGCGAAAAAAACCUAUGAGAGUUUAUCUUUCCAAAGUCAAUGUGUUCACAAUGAACGCUAUCCAAAUUUCAAAUUUUCUCCGAAGAAACGGAACAAUAAUUUUAAACAAUACUUACCCAAACCUAAAAUUGAAGAUCUUGCAUUUACAUCGGCUUUUAGUACAACUAACUUCCUUGGCACCAGCGAUUUUGCUUCAGAUAAAGAUUCGUAUUUAGAAAAUUCCCCACUGUCGUCUGAGUCUGAGGUUUCAUCAUUCAGUUCCAGCCCCACAAAUUCUUUAGAUUUAUCUGCAUUUCUGAGCCCUCCUUUAGAGGAAUUGCCUUCCUUAGAACAAUUCUCUUCAGGAUUAUCUUCAGAAUUUUCAACAUCACUACCUUCAUCAUUGUCAACAUCAUUGUCGACACCAUUAUCAACAUCAUUGUCAACAUCAUUUGAAUCACAACCAGGAUUGAUAGAAUUGGGCCUUUUUGAUUUCUUUUCAGAGAGUCCAGAAGGGGCACAAGAUUUUCAUUGGCCAAUUCUUUGGAAUUCAGACCUGGAUUUUUUAAAUACUCAAAAUAACCAAAAUUACAUUUCAACUGAUAAUAGUUGCUAUGUAUAUGAUAAUUGUUUUCCAUUUAUGACCAAUGAAGAAAACGGUCUACAAAUUCAAUUUUUCAGUCAAUAA